AUGGUGCUGGGAUAUGUCGGGUCGAUCAGUUUUCGAUUUUCCAUGCAGUCCACAGUCCUUCCUGCCGCCAUGUUGCCGUUCUUGACCUGUGAACCCAUCCCGUUUCACUCCCUUCAACCUCCUCCAACGUCGUCGUAUCCCAACAUUGGCCACUACUUGAGCUGGUACUUGGAUUUGGACGUCGAAACGGACUCGUCGUCAAGCAGCGCGAGCCUUCCAUCGUCCCCGAUGCCUAGUUUUCCGCCAUCACCCAUGCGGUGUGCAAUGCCGAGCUGCCAUCGGGAAGCCCAGCACAGCCAGUACUGCAUCAGUCAUGGCGGUGGCAAGUGCUGUCGUGUUGCGUUGUGCCCCAAUGCCGCCCAAUCCCAAGGGGUUUGCAAAGCCCACGGCGGGGGCGCCAGGUGUAAGUUCCAGCACUGCGACAAAAGUAGCCAAGGCGGCGGCCUCUGCCGAGCCCACGGCGGUGGCAAGCGAUGCAUCGAAGAUGGAUGCACCAAGGGCGUCCAGCGGGGCAACAAGUGCGCCACCCACGGCGGGUGUCGGAAGUGCACGAUGCCAGGCUGCACCAAGACUGACCGCGGCGGGGGACUGUGUGAAACCCACAGACGAGACAAGAUGUGCAUGGUGCAGGGCUGCAAAAGAUUGGCCAAGAACCAAGGCAUGUGCACUCCGCAUAUUCGUCGAUCCCACCACAAAGACGCGGCGACGGCUGGUGUGUGACGCCACGAAGAAGCA